GAGGUGCGAAAGAUGUGGCUCUGCUCCUUCAGGCGCAGUUCUGAGCUGCGGCAGAUAGGGGGCCUGUGCUCGCGCAGUCGCGGUCAAUGAACGGACGGAUCAGGUAAGCGCUGCUAAUUCAACAACAGGUGAAUGAAUGACCGCCACCGAGGCUCUGCUGGCUGUUACAUCCAUUAAUCGAGACCACAUCAAGCAAAUAAAGAUGUGAUUUGGAUUGUUUUAGUCGGAGUUUUCUGGCUGUAAGUUGGGACGCGUCGUGGCCACUUGUCCAAGUUACUCCAGCCAAAGGAGAUCUUGCUUUUAGUUUGAAUUAAGGGUCCGAGUGUCUGAGACAUGUUGUCAGGGGAGGAAAUCUUAUGCAGCACCCAGCAGGUGAUUGCAGGGCUGGAGGCUCUGCGUGGAGAGAACCGCACGCUGCUGGACAGCCUGCAGGAAACACUUCAGGGCCAGACGCCCAGCGAGAGCACUAGCCUGGAGCAGGAGAAGACCAACAUCAUUUUAGAGUCUCUUGAGAGGAUUGAACUGGGCCUAGGAGAGGCGCAAGUGAUGAUGGCGCUGUCAGCACACCUGGGCUCUUUGGAAGCAGAAAAGCAGAAGUUGCGUGCUCAGGUGCGGAGGUUGUGCCAGGAGAACCAGUGGCUGAGGGACGAGCUGGCCCGGGCCCAGCAACAGCUACAGGAGCGGGAACAGGAAGUGGUUACUUUAGAGGAGCAGAACAGACAUCUGCAGUUCAUGAGCAGCAUCCGCAAGUACGAUCAUGAAGAGUCGCCUAUGGAGGAUAAAGAUUCUGCUUCAGGGAAGGGGUCCCUUGAUGAUCUCUUUCCUUCUGAAGAAGAGGAGCAAUCACACAUGUCUCAGCCACACAGUAGUGCUGCCGCUGCUGCCCAGCAGGGAGGAUAUGAGAUCCCUGCCCGACUCCGAACUCUCCACAACCUGGUGAUCCAGUACGCCUCUCAGGGCCGCUAUGAGGUGGCCGUGCCGCUCUGCAAGCAAGCUCUGGAGGACCUGGAGAAAUCCUCAGGCCACAGCCAUCCGGAUGUUGCUACCAUGCUCAAUAUCCUGGCUUUAGUGUACAGGGAUCAAAACAAAUACAAGGAAGCGGCCAAUCUCCUGAAUGAUGCGUUGGCUAUCCGUGAGAAGACACUAGGCAUGGACCAUCCAGCGGUGGCAGCUACUCUAAAUAAUCUGGCUGUGUUGUAUGGAAAAAGAGGGAAGUAUAAAGAGGCAGAGCCGCUGUGUAAAAGAGCUCUGGAGAUCAGAGAAAAGGUGCUUGGGACUGAUCACCCUGAUGUAGCUAAGCAGCUGAAUAACUUGGCCCUCCUAUGCCAGAACCAGGGCAAAUACCAGGAGGUGGAGCAGUACUAUGAACGUGCGCUGCACAUUUACCAGAGCCAGCUGGGUCCAGACGAUGCCAACGUAGCCAAGACCAAGAACAACCUGGCCUCCUGUUAUCUCAAGCAGGGCAAAUACAGGCAAGCUGAGGCUCUUUAUAAAGAGAUUCUGACUCGUGCUCAUGAAAUGGAAUUUGGCUCAGUGGAGGGGGACGGCCGGCCGGUUUGGAUACACGCAGAGGAGGGAAGCUCUAGACAGGAUGGUCUGGGAAGUCUGAAGCGCAGUGGGUCGUUCACCAAGCUCCGGGAAUCUAUAAGACGAAGCAGUGAGAAGCUUGUUCGGAAACUGAAAGGAGUUGGAACACAGGAAACAGCCCCUCGAGCUGCUGGGAUGAAAAGAGCCAAUUCUCUAAAUGUGCUUAAUGUGGGUCUCAAAGAAAGUCAAGAGGCUGCUAUGAAUCCCAAUAGGCUGACAGAUGCACGGGGUCUGAGUUCAAGCACGCAGAGUUUAGCACGCCGUGCGUCUCUGAGCGGUGACAGCUAACUUUCAGACAUGUCAUAUGACAUCAGGAGAUGUCAGCCUCACAUCUGGCUGGUCUUUAAUGACUGCAAAGAUCAUAUUUGACGAGGAACAGUAUGUGACAAUGAAUGCACACACUUCAAAGCAGUCUGUCAAGGGGCUUCUGGAAAAGGAGAGCACACUUUGGCUUUACAAAAAAAACAUUUUACACUGUAAAAUCUGUUCCGUCUACAAUUUUCUUUUAAAUGCCUGUUUUUAUAUAAAAUGUCACAGAUAUGUAUCAUUUAUUAGACUUCAAAGAUAAGACCAUUACCGCAGUCUUAGGCAAGGUGCAGUUCUUUUAAUGAAAGUGCGAUCUCAUUUUAUUGCUCAGCAGAAUUUUGCAGGCAAAAUCUAGUUAUUUCAAUAGGAAUCAGUGCACUCAGGACUUUUGUGUACUUAGGUUUCACUAUUCAGUUUAUUCACACAAAUUUGCUACACUGACCAACUGAAAGCCUUUGUUGUGAAAGUCUCUAUUUUGUAAGCCUAGGCCCUGCUUAAUUUUUCCCAAAUUUUACUAAUGUGACUGCACCUUACCACUGUUUACUUAGAAUAUUGACCCAUUCCAUGUCCUCACACUACCAUGCAAAACAAUUAUAGUAUUGGAAUUUAAUAAUUUGCACUUAAGGAAUAGUUCACUCAAAAUUUUUAAUUCUGUCAUUAAUUACGCACCUCAGCAAGACCUGACUAGAAAUCAUGUUUAUAUCACGUUUGUAAUGGCUUUUAUGUUUAUGUCUCGUCGCUCCGGCCAGAUAGGGCAUCACAGUAUGACAAGGGGCGUAACAUUCUUGAGGUAUUCAUCCAAUCACAACGCACUGGUUAGCUGGCCAAUCAGAGCACACCUCGCUUUUUAGAUCGAUGAGCUUUGUAAAAAUUGUUUCAGAAUUUGGGCAUAGAAGUGAAAUAUGUAUAUGAAAUAUACAAAUAUGUAUUUUUUUUUUUUUUACCUUAAACUGCAUAAACACAUUUCAUUACACCAAAUAAUGUUCAUUAUAGCAGCAUCAUACAACCCAUUUAAAUUAGUCAUUCUGACAUCAGUGGUUCAACCGCAAUGUUAUGAAGCUUUGAGAAUACUUUUCGUCCACAGAAAAAACAAAACGACUUUAUUCAGCAAUUCUUGCAGGGUCAGAAAGCUCUCUGAUUUCAUCAAAAAUAUCUACAUUUGCAUUUCGAAGAUGAAUAAAGGUCUCUUCUGGAACAACAUGAGGGUGAGUAAUUAAUGACAGAAUUUUCUUUUUUGGGUGAACUAUCCCUUUAAAUCUUCAAAUGGCUUCUAAAUGCCCUCAACUCAAAUAUUCCUAAUGAAUGGUAAUCCAUGAUGUUACAUUCCAAGAUGAAUCCAAGACAAGCUGUUGUACAUACUAAUUUGUAUAUUUCUGAGAUAAUAUCAACCAACUGUGGUACAUAUUUGUGCCUAUAAUAUAAGGGACUUUUGAUUUGUCAGUUUCAAGCACAUGUACUUUACAUUUCUGCAUACUGUGCUGUUGCUUUAGUUUAAGCACUUCUCAACACAAUAUGAAGAAGGAUUUUCCACGCAAAGAGUUUCAGGGCACAAGGCUGAUAUACAGUAAAUAACUUGAAUCUUAGUUACUGAGAGGUUAGCCAUCAAAUGAGCUAAACAGCUGUACAUUCUAUAUUGUUGAAUCAUGUUACAUAUUCUGUGAGCUUAGGGAGUAUAUUUACAUACUGAACGUUGCUGAUAAACCAAAUAAAAUUGUUCUACCUCUGUUAAAAUCAACGUGUGUAAAAAGUGUUUUCAGAUAGUUUGGUGGUUGACG